UAACGAUGGAAUUUUUCUGAAGUGCUAGUAGUUUUUCCUUGUCUCUGCGGUGGGCCAUGAAGUAAUAAAGAGAGAGUCGUCGCCAUGCACUAUUCAGAAUCUACCCAAGCAGUUCCCUAUCAACAAAACCCGUACGGCUCCGGGGGCAGCUCCACCGUCAUCCAGUGCUACCGCUGCGGAGACACAUGUAAGGGAGAGGUGGUGCGCGUCCAGAGCAAUCACUUCCACAUCAGGUGCUUCACCUGCCAAGUGUGCGGCUGUGACCUGGCCCAAUCAGGCUUCUUCUUUAAGAACGGGGAGUACAUCUGCACCCAUGACUACCAGCAGCUCUACGGGACCCGCUGCGACAGCUGCCGCGACUUCAUCACUGGAGAGGUCAUCUCUGCCCUGGGCAGGACAUACCACCCCAAGUGCUUUGUCUGCAGCAUGUGCAGGAAGCCGUUCCCCAUUGGAGACAAAGUGACAUUCAGCGGGAAAGACUGCGUCUGCCAAGCUUGUUCCCAUUCGCUGAUCAGCUCCAAGCCUAUCAAGAUUCACGGGCCGAGCCACUGUGCGGGCUGCAAGGAGGAGAUCAAGCACGGCCAGUCGCUCCUGGCCCUGGAGAAGCAGUGGCACGUCAGCUGCUUCAAGUGCCAAACCUGCGGGAUCAUCCUGACUGGCGAGUACAUCAGCAAGGACGGCGUUCCAUACUGCGAAUCUGACUACCAUGCCCAGUUCGGCAUUAAGUGUGAGACCUGUGACCGGUACAUCAGUGGCAGGGUCUUGGAGGCAGGAGGGAAGCACUACCACCCAACCUGUGCCAGAUGCGUCCGCUGCCACCAGAUGUUCACGGAAGGGGAGGAGAUGUAUCUCACAGGUUCUGAAGUGUGGCACCCGAUCUGCAAACAGGCAGCAAGAGCAGAGAAGAAAUUGAAGCACAGAAGAACAUCAGAAACCUCCAUCUCGCCCCCUGGUUCCAGUAUUGGUUCCCCCAACCGAGUCAUCUGUGCUAAAGUGGAUAAUGAGAUCCUUAAUUACAAAGACCUGGCAGCUCUUCCCAAGAUUAAAGCCAUCUACGAGGUGCAGCGUCCCGACCUCAUUUCCUACGAGCCCUAUCACAGAUACACGUCAGAUGAGACGCUGGAGAGAUAUAGCUAUGGGGAGUCCCUUGGAACGCUGUCUCCGUAUUCUCAGGAUAUCUAUGAAAGUAUUGACAUACGGCAGAGACGGGCCUCCAGCCCGGGCUACAUCGACUCCCCCACCUACAGCCGCCAGGGCAUGUCUCCCACCAUCCCACGCUCCCCACAUCAUUACUACCGCUCAGGCACAGAGAGUGGGCGCAGCUCCCCCUACUAUAGCCAGUUAGAUGUGAGGUCUUCUACUCCAACCUCAUACCAAGCUCCCAAGCAUUUCCACAUUCCAGCUGCCGGAGAGAGUAACAUCUACCGGAAACCCCCCAUCUAUAAACGACACGACAAUCUACCUGCAGCUACGAAAAGCAAAACCAGCGAAGACAUUGCACAAUCCUCCAAAUACAGCCCAGCCUAUUCCCCGGACCCGUACUACCACUCAGAAUCCGAGUACUGGCCUUUCCAAAGUUCGCCCAAAGCACCACGAGCCCGCAGAUUCUCAUCAGGGGGAGAAGAGGAUGGGUUUGACCGGGGGAUGCACAAGAUCCAGAGCGGCAUCGGCAGGUUGAUCCUGAAGGAAGAGAUGAAGGCACGAUCCAAUUCUUACGCUGAUCCCUGGACGCCGCCCCGCAGCUCAGCCGGCAGCAGAGAGGCCCUGCACACAGUCGGCUACGAGAGCUCACUGAACGGCUCUCCCCGGACACAUUACCUGGCUGACAGUGAUCCCCUCAUUUCGAAAUCUGCAUCCCUCCCUGCCUACAGAAGGAACGGGCUGCACAGGCCCCCCAGUGCUGAACUCUUCCACUACGACAGCACAAACGCCGUCAACUGGGGGAUGCGAGAAUACAAGAUAUACCCGUACGAGCUGCUCAUGGUGACCACCAGGGGGAGGAACCAGCUGCCCAAAGAUGUGGACAGGACUCGGUUAGAGCGCCACCUGUCACAGGACGAGUUCUAUCAGAUCUUCAGCAUGACCAUUGCAGAGUUCGACCGCCUGGCCCUGUGGAAGAGGAACGAGCUGAAGAAGCAGGCACGGCUGUUUUAAACGCAAUACGCUAUAAAUAUAUACAUACCUAUAAAUAUAUAUAUAUAUAUAUAUAUAUAUAGAAAGAUCUCUAUAUUGAAGCUCUGUAUAACUCUCUCUAUUGUACAAUAGGAGGCACGGCCACUCUCUUUGGAACUCCGUAGAGUGAAUUGAAGUCUCUCCGAUAUUUUUAUGCUCUUUGUUUCCUUUAUGUUCUUUUUUUAUUCUAAUGCGAUUGGGGGCGGGGUGUGAGACUGUUUAUGUAUUGAACCUUCUGGAGUUUCAGGCCAUCUCAGACCCCCACCCUCACCUGCAGUGGCUGUAAAUCCCAGGGCAGUGGAGGAGGGGGUAUCUGCAGCACAUGUUCAGUGAAAGAUUGGUCCCUUUUCCGUCCCCUGCCCCUUCACACCCUGGGCUCCUGGCCCGGUAUCACCCACUCACGCUGCACAGCCUGGCCAGGCGCCUUCAGGAGCCAGAGGAAGAGGUUCCCUCUCUCCCACCAGGGUUCCUGAAACUCCCAGCAGGCAGGGCCCUGCCAUCUGAUUUAGCCAUUGAUAGUCGGAGGGUUCCUGGUAUACUUAAACUGCCUCUCUUCUCAGUGCUUGGGGGAGGGGACAGCAGUCUCCCUCCCGCUUUGUCAGCCCUACCCGCUGGGCUUGUACUGAAAGAGGAAAGUGAAUGGAGCUGGCGUGGACCAUCUCACCCCUUGCUAACAUAGACUUCCUCCCUACAGGCCUAGUCUGUGUUGGCAUCUGGUAGAAAUAACAUGGCCCAAUUUGGCAGCGCCACAAUUGUGUUCUCUCCCUCCCCUGCUUUCCCAUCCCAUCCUCAGCUGCCAGGGGAGCUCAGAGGCUGCCGAGCCCCGUAGGGCAUUGCCAAUACAAAUCAUAGGGGAUCAUUACAAGAUAUGUCAUCUGCAACACUUCCAGGGCCCAGAGCUGAGAGACUGGAAUAUGCGCCAUCUCUCACUCCAGAGGGCUCACUGAUGAGCCUAUCGUCCCCCUGUCCUAUCUAAAGGGCCACCGACCUGACAUGGCAAACUGCAAAGCCUUCUCCAGGGGGCAGGGCCGGCUCCAGGCACCAGCUGAGCAAGCUGGUGCUUGGGGCCGCAGAUUGUUGGAGGCGGCAUUCUGCCCAAUCCUAGGGCGGCACGGCCAUUUUUUUUUGUUAUUGUUCUUGUUCCGCUCCAGCCGCCCUGUAGGGGGCGGCGGCGCGAAGAACCAGAGCGCCCUGCAGGGCAAUCCUCUUCCUUCCCUCCCCGCCGACAGGAGCAGCGCCCUCGCGGCAGGAGGCGACGCAGCAGGAGGGGCCGCGUGGCAGCGCCCCUGCUGUAGCCCUGGCCGCCCCCUUCUCUCUCUCUCCCACCCGCUCCCUCCCCCUUUCCUCCCA